AUGCGUCUACGCGAUUUGUUUCGUGGACCGUCAAGUACUGAUCGAAAAUCAACUCUAUCGCUUGUUCCAAGCUUAGAUGCAAAUACGUUCGUGAAUGCUGCUCAAGACAAAGAUACCGAUUCAUUGCACAAAUAUUUGCUGACAGAGCAACGAGAUCAUAUUUCAGGUUUCCCACCAGACCAACCAGAUCCUUCCACAAAAGCAACAGCUUUACAUGUUGCGGUUGAAUCAGCUAAUCUACGCGCUAUUCAAAUGUUACUUCAAGCCGGUGCACAAAUCAAUGUAACUGAUAUAAGUUCAUCAACGCCACUUCAUAUUGCAGCUUAUAUGGGCUAUGAAGAAGUUGUACAGAUACUUUUAUCACACGGUGCUGAUAUGUUUAAACACGAUAAUACAGGUCGAAACGCAUUUCAUCUGGCUGUAUCAACAGGAAAUCUUCGAUUAGUUCAACAUUUUCUAACUACACAAGAUCCCGAACAGACAAUUCUGCACAAACCCGAUGCUCAAAAUUGGACACCGCUGAUGUGCGCCUGUGCUAGCAAUCAACCAGCAAUAUGCGCAUUUCUGCUCUCUCAUCAUGCGGACCUCUGUGCAAUCAAUGAUCGACAUAUGACAGCAUUACACAUUGCUGCUUUUCUCGGUUCAUUGCCAGUUCUUCAAGAACUUCUCACAUCAUCUAAUGAUGACAACACAUUGCAAGCACUUAAUCAAGGUGAUCAUCGAAAUCAAACUCCAUUAUUUUAUGCUUGCAUCGAAGGUCAUCUCGAUAUUGCAUUAGUACUAAUUCGUGCUGGUGCAAAUGCUUAUCAUUUAGAUAAUGAAGAUCAAACAUGUUUACAUGCUAUGCUAUCAUCAACAAUCGUAUUAAAACGACAUAUAUGUUUAUUUUAUCGUUUUAUACAAUUUGUUGAUUAUCGUGAGCAUCAGGAUUAUCUCGGACGAACUUUACUAGAUUUGGCUUAUUUGAAUCAAUUGAACACGAUCAUCUAUCUGUUGAAUAUGUUGAAUUACAAAACGAAUGCUAAUGUUGUUUUCAUUAGUGAACAGACGGAAAAUCGUCUGUGUUGUCAUGAUAAUCAAGUCCUUUCUCUACGUCAGCUUUGCAUUCUUCGUUUUAAGAAUUCGGUAGUUUAUCAUCGAAACCAACGACAACCUACGCAACAUGAUUUACUCGAGAAAGGUUUGCAGGAAAUCUUUCAGAUAAGUUCAACGAUCGAUUUACCCAGUUUGCAAGAAACAAAUUCAAUCGAACUUCCCGUCGGUAAAUCGCUAGACGACAUCUCACUUCUCCAGCAGCAACAAUCAACUAAAUAUCAGAAGAGUUCGAAAACAAUCAAAAAUCCUGAGAAAAAAAUGAGGAAAACAUCAACGAUCUUUUCAACGACAUCAUCAUCGACAAACAAAUGGGCGUCACAAGUUGAUUUGCAACAUUCACAUUCAACAUGGUCAGUGCUAACACAUAAAUUCAAGGGUCAACGAACACUUCCACCAUUAAUCAAUCCAAAUCAAGCACUAACAGAACAAUCAGCAGAUCCAUUGCAAUCAUUGCCUGCACAUCAGAUGAAAAGUUUAGCUUUGAAAAUGUUAACAUCACCAAUGAAACUAGACGAACUACUGGAUUUUCCUUCGUUGAAUAGCAGUCAUUUGCUGGAUGAUGAUUUACGACUGUCGAUGAAAACUUAUAAAUUAUUAGAUAUAAACGCAUCGAAUUAA